AUGGCAGUACCUCCCAGCACUGUUCCAGGCACAACGGCUAACAGCAGUGCCCUGGACACCUACUACAACCUACGCGCCAAGCUGGAGAGGAGCCAGCAGAACAUCCAAGACAUGAGAGAGAAAUUCCUCACGGCCAGAGCUACUGUUUACUUCCUGGCCAACCGCCUGCAGAGACACGGGUGUGAGGAGUACAAAGACCUCAUUGCAUCGGUGCUGGAGGAGAAGCUUGACUUUGAGGAGAUGCGUUCAGCUGCGAGGCUGGGGAGAGAAGACUCCCUAGUUCAGGCUCGGGCUAGAGAACUCACCCACUUACGGCGCAGGAUACAGGAAGGGAGAGAGGUCUGCUCCCUCUUUGCCCAGCACCUGAAGGACACGGGCCAGGCUUUUGAGGGCCUCCUCAGGAACACGGAUGUAGCCCACCACCUUGGACAGAGAUUCCAUGAGCAGUUGGCCCAAGGAAGCCAGCUGGCAGAGAGCCUUGCCAGAAAAUUCACAGGGGUUUCUCCCCCUGCCCGGUGGAAGCAGCAACUAUCACAACUUCAGUGUGAGCUGGAGAUGAUUGGAAGUUCUUUGCCCAGGCCCCACAGAGAGCACCAGGGGGAGGGAGGGAGUGUGGAGCAGGAGGACGCGGUGGAUGAACGGUAUCUGACUCCUUCCGGCCAGCGCAACUGUGCUCAGCCUUCCAGCGGUGACAUCGUCCUGUCUGAGGCACAAGAAGCCACCUCUGCUGUGGACCCAGGCUGUGACUGCUCCCCUUGUAAAUAA